CAAUUUCCAUAUUGGAUUCGACCACGAGAUCGCAAACUAUUGCAAACAAAUGGGGAGGUGAAUAUCAAUACAAUUGUGGAUGCUAAUGGAAGUGGAAAUUAUACUAAAAUAAUGGAUGCAAUAUCGGCAUCACCUUAUAAAAGCAUGAAGCGAUAUGUGAUAUUGAUAAAGAGAGGUGUGUACAUGGAAAAUAUUGUGAUUGAUGAAUCUAAGUGGAACCUCAUGAUUAUUGGAGAGGGUAUAGAUACCACUAUCAUCUCUGGUAACUUGAAUUGUGCCACCUUUAAAUGUGGUCAAAAUAAUAAUUUAAGUACAUAUGAUACGGCUACCUUUGCUGUUAGUGGAAAAAGGUUUAUCGCGAAAGAAAUUUCUUUUCGGAACACGGCUGGGCCAACAAAUGGACAAGCAGUGGCACUAAAAUCCGAUUCAGAUUUCUCAGUUUUUUAUCGGUGUGAGAUUUCCGGCUAUCAGGAUAGUUUAUGCGCAAAUACUAAUCUUCAAUUUUAUAAAGAAUGCAUAAUGAGCGGCACAGUGGACUUCAUAUUUGGAUAUGCAACCGCGGUGUUUCAAAACUGCAUCAUAUUAGUCAAGAAAGGGUUGCCGGUACAAAAGAACACAAUCACAGCUCAAGGAGGAAAAUACCAGGGAAGACCAACUGGUUUCUCCUUUCAGUUUUGCAAUAUCUCUGCAGACUCCGAUCUUUUACCAGCAAUUAAAUCAACCUCGACAUUCCUUGGUAGACCGUGGCAUCCAUAUUCAAAAGUAAUCUUCAUGCAAACUUACAUAAGUGAUGUUUUGAAUCAAGGAGGGUGGUUAGAGUGGAAUGGUUCACAGUAUUUGGAUACAUUAUAUUAUGCAGAGUACAAUAACUUUGGACCAGGAGCAGACCUACGAAACCGUGUGAAAUGGUCUGGCUACCAUAUGUUGAAUGAUUCUAGUCAAGCUCGUAUCUUCACCGUCGCCCAAUUCAUUUCGGGGGAUCAAUGGUUACCUUCUACGGGUGUACCGUUUAUCAGUGGUUUAGGGGAUCCAAACAUUAUAUAG